UUCUCUCACCUUCUCAAAAAUAUUUGUACAAGUUAGUAUUCAUAUGGCUCUUUAUGGAAACUUAAUGUUUCUUCUUUCUCUUUGGCUACUUCUGUUUUUGAACCAUGCCAUGGCUGAUGAAUUAAUAUUAGAUAUUGUUAGUUUCGGAGCGAAGCCUGAUGGAAAGACCGAUGCUUCACCUGUGCUUCAAACAGUAUGGGCUAAGGCUUGUGACUCGUCGGGACCAGCUACUAUUAACGUGCCCAAAGGCACAUUCUACAUUCAAAGUGGGAGCUUUAAGGGACCUUGUAAGAACAAUGUAAUUACUAUUCGCAUGGAUGGCACUCUUGUGGCUUCCUCAGACAUUCAAGUUCUAGCUAAAACUAAAACUUGGAUUGAGUUUCAAAACGUAAAUGGGCUUUCCAUUUAUGGCGGUGUUAUUGACGGGCAAGGAUCUGGCAUAUGGAACUGUAAACUCUCAGGGAAUAAUUGCCCUGAUGGAGCCACGAAUCUCGAGAUAGAAAAUUCACAAAACGUAAUAAUCAAUGGAUUAACUUCGAUUAAUAGCCAAAUGUUCAACAUCGUGGUGCAUGGUUGCCAAAAUGUGAACAUUCAAGGAGUGAAGGUCUCAGAUGCUGGCAAUAGUCCAAACACUGAUGGCAUCCAUGUGGAGGAAUCAUCAGACGUGACUAUCCUCAGCUCCAACAUUGGCACAGGUGACGACUGCAUCUCAAUUGGUCCAGGGACCACUAACUUAUGGAUAGAAAAUAUUACAUGUGGACCUGGACACGGGAUCAGCGUUGGGAGUUUGGGGAAGUCGGCGGAUGAGCCUGGAGUGAAAAAUGUGACAGUUACAUCAUCAACUUUUGUCGGGACUACGAAUGGAGUGAGGAUUAAGUCUUGGGGAAGACCGAGCAAUGGGUUCGCUACGAAUAUUCAUUUUCAACACAUUAUUUUGGAUAAUGUGGAGAACCCUAUCAUAAUUGAUCAAAAUUACUGUCCACACGACCAAGGUUGCCCCGGUCAGGAUUCAGGAGUAAAAAUUAGCGAAGUAACUUACGAAGAUAUCAAGGGAACAUCAGCCACUGAAAUAGGAGUCAACUUUGAUUGUAGCCCAACAAAUCCUUGCACUGGAUUAAGCUUGGAAAACAUUAAAGUGACUUAUAAUAAUCAAACCGCUAAAGCUUCAUGCAAAGAUGCCAAAGGAACUGCCUCUGGUGUGGUUGAACCUCCUAGUUGCUUAGAAUAGACGAACCUUAUUUUAGUAUUAGCCGUGUAUUAUAAAUAUGGAUAGAAGAGUUCUAUUGCCUGAACCUAAUAAACGAACUCUUAUG